CCCCCGUAUCAACGAUUCGCCCCUACGAUUUCCUGCGUGGUUCGCUAAAUAACCUUUCUGAUUGAUUUCGUAGCUCUAGCGGCUUUAACAAAUCCGGACCUGUUAUCAAGGCCAGCCAAUUAAUCAUGGCUGCGAAAAUUCUUGCCAAUUUAAUUGUGAUGGGCUCUGGGAUACUUGCUAGGGCCUUUGUUCAAGCCUAUCGUCAAGCCCUUACGAAUGCUUCGAAGUCCGGUGUUGCUCAAGAAACAAUUCAAAACAGUGUUCGCAGAGCAAGCAAAGUGAUGACGGAGCAAGAAGCCAGGCAGAUUCUUGGCGUCACCGCGGGAACGCCUUGGGAGGAAAUUGUGAAGAAAUAUGACGCUUUGUUUGAAAGGAAUGCUCAGACUGGAAGCUUUUAUCUUCAGUCAAAAGUUCACAGAGCCAAGGAACGAUUAGAACCUCUCUACCAGAGCAAAGGUCAGGAUGCCCCUAGCUGAGGAAUGUGUUGUGUUGUGUUUUGCACAUUCACCGUUCUUGUAUAAUUCUUAAUUGGUCAUGGCCGCCAUGAAUGAUGAAAUUGAUGUAAAAUCUUUUCUUCCAUUUGUGGGAAAAAAAUCGUGCUUUGAAAUUAGUAUUUUGGAUCUCGAUGCCUUGAGAGCA